AUGGGAGCUGUAGCUGAAGGCACAAUUAGUGCAAGAGCACCAAAUUUCCAAUAUUUUGAAAGGCCUAAAUAUAGGUAUCCAUAUUAUGAUGAUAACGGCAGAGGAAAACUAUUGUAUGGAUAUGGAGGUCCAGAUUUGUAUCAAUAUAAAUCAUAUUCACCAUUAGAAGGAAUUCAUUGAAGAACGUUAUUUAUUAUUAUAAAGAAUUUUUAUUUUUUAUUUAACUCUGAUUUGUAUCACUGGG